GGUGUACAGAUCACACGGGACUUAAAUGGCACUGGAUGAAUGAUCGGGCUAGGUGUAGGGAGACCGAACCUAGUUGAAUCCCAUACAGGAAUGUGUGCUUUGUUUAAGGUGGUAAAAGGAUAACCCCUCGGCCUUAAUCAAAAGUGAAAUCAUGGCAGAAUGUGAUGCCAAUCCAAUAUUGAGCAGUAGAAAAACAAACUGGAGUUUGUGUUGUCUUUGUCAGAAGGACAAAAGAGGUGAGAACUUGAUAUCACCUCCAAGUCAUCAUGUCCUAGACCAUGAUGGGUACACAAUGCUGGCAAGGAACAUUCCCAUGUUCAGUGAAAUUAAUGAAAUGCCACUGAUAAUGGAUCCAGCAAGGCUGGAUGAAGGUGAUGGCAUAGAGGCCACUCUCAGGAAAAAUGCAGCAAAAUACCAUGUGAACUGUCGCUUGUUGUUUAACAACACUAAACUGGACCGUGCAAGAAAGCGACAAUCCAAUGACCAGACCAGCAACACUGAGACUAGUCGUGCAAAACUGCGCCGAACCAGUCAUGACAAUGAAGUUUGCAUUUUCUGUGAGAAAGUGGCACCUGCAUCUGAUCUCAGACAGGCUAGUACUAAGGGCCUUGACUUGAAAUUGCGUGAAUGUGCAGAGAUACUUAGUGAUGGCAAGCUCCUUGCUAAGUUGACUGGUGGGGAUGUCAUUGCACAGGAGUUUAAGUAUCACCAUGCCUGUCUUUGUGCCCUCUACAACAGAAAAAGGUCCUACCUGAGGAGCCUUGAGAAAGACCAAGGUAGCACUGAGUCAGAAUCAGAUGUGUAUCCACUAGUUCUGUCAGAACUGAUGACAUACAUUGUUGAAAGCAACCUUUGUUCAGAUGAUCCAGUCACAUUUCGGCUGGCAGAUAUUUGCCACCUCUACCAACAACGUCUGGAACAAUUAGGUGUAGAGUCACCAAGUGUAAAUUCCACGAGACUCAAAGACAAACUUCUGGCAGAAAUUCCAGAACUUGAGGCUCAUAAAUCUGGCAGAGAUGUAUUACUUGCAUUUCAAAAGGAUGUGGGAAAAGCACUUGCUCAAUCAUCUGAUCUUUCAGAGGCAGUUAUCAUUGCUAAAGCAGCAAAUAUUCUCAGAAAGUCUAUACUUGAUCAUCAGUCACGGUUUGAUGGCACAUUUUCUGAGCCUUGUGUACGAAAUUCUGUGCCUCCUCUCCUGCUCCAGUUUGUAGGGAUGCUUGAGCAUGGGGCUGACAUCAAGUCACAGUUACGAUUUGGAGCAUCAAAGUCAGACCAGGCCAUUGCACAGCUCAUGCAGUUGCCCUCUCUUCAGUAGAUAAUCUAGCUUGAGCAUCCAACGUGUCAUGCUAUGCCUACCUUCUUAUCCUCGAAUUUUUCAAAGGUGUAGGUUGAGAGACCUAUACAUAGAUUGGUUGCGUUUAGUCCGUAUUUCUCUUCUUUUCUUUUUAUGGUUACAGUCUUAGACACAAUGUUGUAUGUGACCAUACCAUUACUAUUUCAGUUGAAAAUAACAUAUUAGUUAAACUGUCACAUGAAUAUACCAUUAAAUAAAAACAGUUGGUCUCUAUGUCUGCUAGCGCUGUGGAUAGAAAAAAACUCUUUUAUGGCAACCAUUUUGUACGCCAUCUUGGUUACAAUUCAUUUAGUAAGGGUUUUCAAUAAAAUGUGUGGUAUGGAACAUUUUUAUAACCUAAAAGUCGAGGUUUAAAAAAAAAAUGGCAUAUUCCAUCCAAUAGAUGCUCCCAAACCGGUGAAUCUCAACAUAGAUGGCGGCCAUUUUGAAAAAUAGCCGCCAUCUUGGAUUUUCAGGUGGCCAGCGCCCUUUUCUAAGAGAGCGUAGUCUUAGGAAUGUUUGUGCCAAAUUUCAUGCUUGUUUCACCAUCUGAACGAUUUUUACAGCAAUCUGCUGCACUAUGAAGGAAAUAGAAAUAUUACCUGUGGUGGUGGGGGCAACAGGGCUCAUCAAGAAAAACCUGAAACAGUACCUCCAGGCAAUACCAAGCUGCCCUAGUAUGCAUGAGGUACAGAUUGCUGCCAUCAAGGGAACGGUGAGCAUACUAAAAAGAGCCCUCGGAUAUAAGGCCAAUGAAGUAUAAGGGAGCAACUAUAGACCCCAGGCUGGGGCCCAUUGCACCCCCGAUACAAUGUUAAUAAUAUAUUAAACCAAAGUGAAAGAAAUCACGAGUGCCAAGUGUAGGGAAUGAGAUUUACCCAGAAGAUUAACCUCGACAGACUCAUUGUUGCACACACUGGUGAAAGAUCAUCUAGCUAAAAUCCCAGGAAACCCGAGGGCAACAGAAAUCCAAACAAUUGCCCGUAAGGGAACCACUACCAUCUUAAAAAGAACCCUCGGUUGCAGCCUCUAAAAAGUGGGUGGUUGUUAGGCACUUGGCAGAGUGCCCCAUCACCCAUAAUCAAGACUGAAAAAGUAAACUAAAACAAAAAAGUGAAAGAAAUCAUCAGUGCCCAGAGUGUGGCAAGAGGUUUGGUUUGAAGGCUACAUUGAGCAAGCACAUCUUCAGACACUCUGGCAUGAGAGAGUUCAAGUGUGAUGUUUGUGGGAAGGAUUUCAAGAUGAAGAAGGAUAUUGUUAGACAUGUUAAGACCCACUCCUGAGGUGCUGCUGUGUGUGAGAAUGUGGAGGUGCAUUUUGUCUGCAAGACAGCAAGGUGUCUUGUGGAAUCCUCACAUGGUCAAGUCUUCUUGCCAAGCUGUCUUGUGUCCCUGCAAGACAUGACUCCCGGGCGUUGGCAAGAGAGGAAACACAGGGAUGGCAGACGCAACACUGAGGCUUCUAAUAGGCUUCAGAGACAUAAGCAGAGGAAUACUACAGGCCUGUGCCCAGCCUACUACUACUGCUACUACUACUAAGAAGGAGAGAGACAGAGACAGACACUGACAGGCUGGGAAAGGAGAGGAAAGAAGGAAGAAGUGAGAGAGAGAGAGGGAGAUGGGAGGAAAUAAGGAAGAAAGGAGAAAGUUGGAAAGUUUCGUUUAGUCGGCGCAACAUCUGUGGUCAUAUGCCUGAGAGAGACAGAAGGGGACGGAAUUAUAGGAGAAGGGAACAGAUCCUAGGAGACGGGACACAACCCCCGAUUAAUACCUGGUACCCAUUCACUGCUGGGUGGACAGGGGUGUAAGGUAUCGGAAAAGGCACCCAAAUUUUUCCACUCCGACCAGGAAUCGAACCCGGGCUCUCUCAGUUGUGAGCCGAGUGUGCUAACCACUGCAUCACGAAGCCCCCGGAAGAAAGGAGAGGAAAGAAAGGUCAGUGGAUUGCAUCUUGGCACGAAAACAAUCUUCUUUCUUUCCUUUUAUAUCCUUCCUCCUCCUCUUCCUCUUGGUCCUCCUUCCUCUUUUCCUUCCUUCCUCCUCUUCCACCUCAGUCUUCCUACCUUUUCCUCACUUCUCUCCUCCUCCUCCUCCUCCUCAGGGCUAUAACAAGUGACAUGCUGUGCUGUGGGAGACGAGUGCAGUGUCUUUGUGAGUGCGGCCGCGGUGAUAUGCUGAGGUUUGUGUUCCUUCUAGUGUAUCUCCACUUUCCUCCACUCCUUUUGUCUUUCCUCAUACCAAACAAUGGCUUCAUCUUUCCCUUUCUCCUCCUGUCUGCCUAAUCUUCCUCCUCUUCGUUUCUCUGUUAUCUCCAUAUUUAUCAAGGUAUGUGUUUUGCCUUCAUUUUUCUUCACUUUCCUUCUUUCCUCAUACUAAACAAUGCCUUAAUCUUUCCCUUUCUCCUCCUGUCUUCCUAAUCUUCCUCCUCUUAGUUUCUCUGUUAUCUCCAUGUUGAUCACGGUCUGUGUCCCUUCCCUGUGUGAUUCUGACUGGUUUGUUCCUCCUCCGUAAAGUUUGCCUCCAUUUAGAUGAGUAAAGGGUGAGGAUAGUCAUUAUUCUCUUCCAGUUAGCUUUUACUUAGUAUCUGUCUUUGUUGCUUUUGUUGAUUCAUUUAUUGUUGUUUUAUUUUUGUAAGUUUAUUAUCCCUCAAGCAACAGGUAUUGUUUUCACGGAAUGGUUCCAAGAUACGGGUAAAAACAGCUGCUUUUUUUUUGUUUGUUUAUUCACAUUUUAAGAAGCGUCUUAAUUCACUGAACACAUCGGUGAAAUCCAAAUUGUGAUACAUUGUUUAAUAGUCACACUAGAGCGUGUGAAGUGUGGCCAGAGUGUGGCUGCUGGCACCAAACACUGCUCCGGGGAGCCAGAGGCGGGCCUCCGUCAAGGACACACAACAUGUCAACACAGGCUGGCCACAGUGGCAGCAUGCUUCACACUUCCUCCUUCCCACAACUGAAUGUCAAUGAUAUGAAUUGUUCUUUACAGUGAAAUAAUUUUGACAACAUCUGCUUUAGUCACUCACUUUCAGUCCUCCUCAGAGCUGGAUGUUUCAGUCAAGGGAGCACAUACCUUACGUGUAGCUUUUUUACCCUGCACUAUUUUCAUGGCAGCACUUGCUGGGCUAGAGUGCAGUACAGAGAGUGAAAAAACAUCAUCACUCUCUAAGUCACUCAUUACUGCCGUCACUACUCACAAUGUUUUCAUCACUUAUCCUUGUACUCAGAAUAAUCUUCACUCUCUAUUCUGUCCUUUCCUCCUGAUGCAUCACUGUGUUUCCCUGUGUUUUCUUAUCUUAAGGCUCCAGGGCUGCUCAGUAAGGACUAAUGAUCUCAUUUCACAGUCACGUGAGUCAGAUAUGCUGGCAGAUAAUUCACCAAGUCACAGAACUCGCCAUAUUUAAGCUUAACAUUCAAAUUAGUGGCACGAAAGACUCUGAUUAAAUAAAUGAAGGCUGUCUGUGUGGACUGAAACGUGAUUGAUUAAAUAAACGAUGGCCAUCAUUUAAGGGUUAGUCUGAACAUACCCAUUAAAUUAAAUUCACACACACACACACACACACACACACACACACACACACACACACACACACAUUUGGUGUUAACUC